AUGGAUAUGGUGGUUGUCUUUGAGCUCGCAGCUCCAAAGCGCGGCGCACGUGCACGGGCCAGAUCUUGGCGGAGCCAAAGUCACUCCACUCGAUCGCACGUCAACCCUCAGUUCAACCAACGACGACCUUCACCAGCCCCCAGAACCGCAAUCGCGCCCCGAAUCUCUCCACUCCUCCCGACAGAUACCUCGCCAUGCCUAUCAAACCGAUCACCGGCAUGCUCCGCCGACAAAUCGUGCUCGACCUUUCCGUUGCUUCGGGACUUGGUCUGGUCGCCGGCUACGGCUGGUGGUACGGUUACCACGUCCCCGCUGUCCGUCACCGUGACGCAUUCUACCAGAAGCUCGAGGACGACCGCGCUGCUACUCUCGGCCAGAAAUAAGCGAUUGGGACCCUCGAAUCAAGAUUUCCUUUGUUCGAAAGCAUGAAGAUGGGCUCGGAAUGAGGACCAAAUGUAUCAUAUGUGGAGUGGAUACCUCGACAGCAUACCGAAUCAAGCCAGUCAACCAAGUUCAGCAUUUCCAGUCUGUUCA